AUGACCGAGGCACGGAGUUCCCGAGCCUGGAAGCGGCGCAUGAGGGAGUCAGGGAGAGCACCAAGGAGAACGGUGCAGGCGCGGGUGUCAGCAGCUGUCCAGGCGAUAAGUUUUGGGGUGAAGGCAGCCAUGUCGUCUUUGUAUUUGGCGACGAUGGCGAGCCAUGAUGGACGGCUGCGGGUGGACCCGCAGUGGUCACGGAGGAGAGCGGCGCUGGCGGCAGCGGCUGGCGAGGCCGCGGCGGCGUUGGCGCGGAGGCGGCGUCGAGGCCGCGGAGGGGAGUGGCGCGGGCGGCAGCGGCUGGCGAGGCCGCGGCUGCACUGGCGCGGAGGCGGCGUCGAGGCCGCGGAGGGGAGCAGCGCGGGCGGCAGCGGCUGGCGAGGCCGCGGCUGCGCUGGCGCGGAGGCGGCGUCGAGGCCGCGGAGUGGCGCGGGUGGCGGCGGCUGGCGAGGCCGCGGCGAGGCGGGCGCGGAGGCGGCGUCGGGGCCGCGGAGGGGAGCGGCGCGGGCGGCGGCGGCUGGCGAGGCCGCGGCUAGGCGGGCGCGGAGGCGGCGUCGGGGCCGCGGAGGGGAGCGGCGCGGGCGGCAGGCGGCUGGCGAGGCCACAGCUGCGCUAGCGCGGAGGCGGCGUCGAGGUCGCGGAGUGGCGCGGGCGGCGGCGGCUGGCGAGUCCGCGGCGAGGCGGGCGCGGAGGCGGCGUCGGGGCCGCGGAGGGGAGCGGCGCGGGCGGAAGGCGGCUGGCGAGGCCGCGGCUGUGCUGGCGCGGAGGCGGCGACGAGGCCGCGGAGGGGAGCGGCGCGGGCGGCGGCGGCUGGCGAGGUCACGGCUGCUCUGGCGCGGAGGCGGCGUCGAGGCCGCGAAGUGGCGCGGGCGGCGGCGGCUGGCGAGGCCGCGGCGAGGCGGGCGCGGAGGCGGCGUCGGGGCCGCGGAGAGAAGCGGCGCGGGCGGCAGCGGCUGGCGAGGCCGUGGCGAAGCGGGCGCGAAGGCGGCGACAAGGCAGCGGAAGGGAGCGGCGCGGGCCGCAGCGGCUAGGGAGGCCGCGGAGCUGGACGGUAGAAGGAAGCAAGUGAGUAGGGUGGGGGCAUGGGUGUGUGUGCAAGUAGCACCAGAUUUGGUAGGGAAGAACGAGAAGGUGGGGGCAUGGGCGGAUGAACCAGAAGCGGCAGGCACGGAAGGGAAGGACGAGGAGGUGGGAGCAAGGGCAGCAGCAGAAGGGGAAGAGAAGGACGAGAAGAAGGGGGCAGGGGCGUGUGGACUGGUAGCAGCCGGCGCGGAAGGGAAGAACGAGCAGGUGGGGGCGGGAGCGUGUGUAACAGCAGCAGCGAAGGUAGAGAAAAAGGAAGUGCAGGUGGGGGCGGGAGCGUAUGUAACAGCAUCAGCGAAGGUAGAGAAAAAGGAAGUGCAGGUGGGGGCGGGAGCGUAUGUAACAGCAGCAGCGAAGGUAGAGAAAAAGGAAGUGCAGGUGGGGGCGGGAGCGUGUGUAACAGCAGCAGCGAAGGCAGAGAAAAAGGAAGUGCAGGUGGGGGCGGGAGCGUGUGUAACAGCAGCAGCGAAGGUAGAGAAAAAGGAAGUGCAGGUGGGGGCGGGAGCGUGUGUAACAGCAGCAGCGAAGGUAGAGAAAAGGGAAGAGCAGGUGGGGGCGGGAGCGUGUGUAACAGCAGCAGCAAAGGUAGAGAAAAAGGAAGAGCAGGUGGGGGCGGGAGCGUGUGUAACAGCAGCAGCGAAGGUAGAGAAAAAGGAAGUGCAGGUGGGGGCGGGAGCGUGUGUACCAGCAGUAGCAGAGGCGGAAGGGAAGGACGAGAAGUCCGGAAGGAAAAGAGGCCGUGAAGACAGUAAGGUGGAGUAA